AUGGCGCAUUCGUCUCCCUCGCGGAGGAGCCAGCAGAAUGGCCUUGUCAAGUCAAGCCCCGAGCGCUCCUUCGGCGCCGACUUCCUCGCCGAGAAUCGGAACUCGGAGCUAAGCCAUCGCGACGCCCUCGCUGCUGCCCAGCUCGAACACGAGCGCGUUCGCCUCGCUGCGUUGAGAGUCUACGAGGUGCAUCAACUGCAGGAAGAGAAGCAAAGGCUGGAGGCUGAGCAAAGAAGGAUAGCACAGUUGCAACGAGAGGAAGAGGAACGGCUCAAGGCCGAGGCCGCGGUGCGUGCCGAGCAGCAGAGACUCAGAGAACUCAAGGCGAAGCAGAUCCCUCAGCUGCCACCCGAGCCCGAACCCGAACCGCCCAAGCCGGAGCCCAAGAAGCCGCAAGAGCCUCACGUCAAUGGCACGACCGAACGAACGGCCGCUCAAACCGAAACCUCUGUUGCGGCAGUCGCGAAAACACAGCCGGCUCCCUUGACGAGUGCACCGGCACCAGCUCUGCAGGCCGCGAAGGCUCCUCCCACCGCCCCUUCGCCACCGACUGCGAAGGAACCAUCUGCUCCGCCGGCCCAAGCUAAUGGGUUUUUGACGAAGCCUGCCGAGCCUGCGCAACCCAAGCCCGUCACUCAAGCAGCCGCGCCCGCGCCCGCCACUUUGCCUACCGCCGAUCGAUACACCGAGAUACACCAAGCUCUCAAGAAACUGAGAAGGGAUGUUGAGACUCUGUCGAAACAACCCGGGUCCCCAUUGAAGGGCAAGCUGGGAGACAUGCGCAGGCAGAUCAGGAAGUCUAUUGGGCAACUGACCGCCGGCAAGGGUGCAAACGUUACUCCUAUUAACACCAUCAACGGCGCUCUGCGCGAGUCUCUUGACGGGAGAGUACCUUCGCCUCUUGUUGACGCAAACACCUACGUUCAGCAGAACAGAGAACCAGUCGAAGGUGCUGUUAAUAACGGCCCGCAGCUGCCAGCUCUGUUCAUCUAUCUCCUCAACAUCCUCGCAAAGGCGAUUGUUCAGCAGUUUGCCAACGAAGGCGGCGCGAAUCCUAAGUCGGCCGAGCCGGUCGGCAUCGUGACUGCCCAGAUCUUCUCCAACAAAGAUUACCAGUGGCGCGGGGGGUCCAUGAUUGAUAUUCUCAUCGCCAAGUUCCGCGUGGCUUGCCCCGUUUUGUUCGGCUCUAGGGGAAGCGACAAGACUGAGAACGGCCGCAGGGCCAUCGGCUGGAAGAAGGAGAACGGCAACUGGAUCCCCGAGCAGUCGCACAACGAUAGGAUGACGGGCCUCGGUGCCGGUUUCGCAGCCAUCGCAUUGAGAGAUUUCAGCAAGGCCUCCAAGACGAACCCUUACCCCCCCACCAACUACUGGAAGGCCAUGGCGCAGAUCGUCAACUCGCCGCCGCAGCUCGUCUCCAACACCCAGUACGUCGUGCUCAAAUCCAUGAUUGAUGGCCACGAGCAGCGCUUUAUCAACUUCUAUGGCAAUGCAGCCAUCGCCGCCCUACGUAUGGCCCUGGUAGAGUUUCCAAAGAAAGCUCCGCCGGGCGCCACUGCUGCCCAGGCGCUGCAGGUUCUGGCUGACGUGUUACGACGAGACUCCGGCCUAGAAGUGGCGUAG